AUGGACAUCCAUAUGCCCCUGUCUAUGCAUCCCUUCGCAUUCCUUGCUGUUUCAGCACUUGCAUACCUCAUUGGCGAUGCCAUAUAUCAACUGCAGUUCUCUCCGUUGUCCAAAUUUCCAGGCCCAAAGAUCGCAGCGGUGACCUAUUUGUAUGAGUUCUACUAUGACGCCAUCCUCAAGGGCCGAUAUAUCUUCAAAGUCAAGGAGCUGCAUAAAAAAUAUGGACCUAUUAUUCGCAUCAGCCCACGUGAAAUACACAUUGAUGAUCCGCACUUCUACAGCAUCCUAUACUCACAUAGCAAUCCCCGAGACAAGGAAUAUUAUUAUCUGAGGCCGUUUGACUUCCCUCUUUCUUCGUUUGGGACAGAAAGCCAUCAUCUUCAUCGCCUUAGAAGGGGUGCUAUGAACCCUUUUUUUGCAAGAAGUAAGGUUCUCCAGCAGGAGAGCCUAAUACAAGGCCUCGUGGAGAAACUCUGCAGCCGAAUCGAACAGUUUAGCGCCACAAGAAGCAUUGUUCCGCUGUCACUGGGCUAUACCUGUCUGACCACAGACUUGAUCACGACCUUCACCAUGGAUCGAUGCUAUGGCUACCUUGACGCUCCAGACUGGUAUCCUAAUUGGGGACAAGUCUUGAGAGAUGCGUCAGAAAUGUCUAUGGUUUCCAGGCAAUUGACUUGGAUACUGUCGGUAUUGAAAAUGCUUCCAAAAACCUUUACCAUGUCACUAAAUCCAGGUCUCAAGCUGUUCUAUACCCUUGCGGAACGAUGCAAGGAGCGGAUUGAUGAAGUCCGAUACGAACGCAUGGAGGAGCACAAAGGCCCCGGGGAGACAGUUGGACGCAAAAAGACAUUGUUUGACCAGAUAUAUGACUCCAGGCUUAGUAUUGAGGAGAAGAUGCCUGCAAGGCUAACUCAAGAGGUUCGUUCUAUCAUCGGGGCGGGGACGGAAACGACCUCUAACUGUCUCUCGGUUAUCUCCUACCAUCUUCUACUGAAUCCGGAGAGGCUCCAGAGACUCAAGGAGGAACUUCAGGAACUUGAACCAGACCCAACGGCCGAAAUAAAGCUAUGUCAACUAGAAAAACUUCCAUACUUGCUAAUCUCUCAGUCUUCGGUUGUUCUUGAAGGUUUAAGGCUGUCAUAUGGUGUCAGCACUCGCCUGCAACGGAAAUCUCGUGAGAUCAUGGAGUAUAAUGGAUACGUUAUUCCACCUGGUACACCAGUGGGGAUGUCAUCCGUCAUAGUUCACCAUAACGAAGACAUAUUCCCCGACUCACACAGCUUCAUCCCCGAGCGGUGGCUGGACCUUCAAAAACGAAAGUACCUUGAAAAGUACAUGGUAUCCUUCAGCUCUGGGUCAAGGAGAUGCCUUGGAAUGAACCUGGCAAGGGCAGAGAUAUUCAUUGCAACUAGUACCAUAUUCCGACGAUUUGACUUCGAGCUAUGCCACACCACGCGGGAUGAUAUCCAAAUCCAUCACGACUUGUUCAUUCCAAGGCCGAAGAACCUUAAGACCGUCGGCGUCCAGGCAAGAGUGAAGAGCAAGCCAGGAUAG